AUGCCCAAUUUGUAUCACGUUGCUGCUGGAGUUUCACGAUCAGCCGACUUGCCGACCAUAUCCACCCAUCACAGAAAGCAACUCCGAGCAAAAUCAUCCAUGUUAUCAGGAAAGAAUACAGUAUUCACUAAGAGUAAUUCAUUCAUGUUUUUGGAACGACCACAAAAUAAUCAAGAUGAUAGCGAUGAAUAUGAUUCCGAUAAUGAAAUUAUUUUGAUUCACAGUCCCAAUACGUUGGCGACCAAUCUUGAAAGAGUUGCAGCUGAAGAAAAUACACGUAAAAAACAAGUCAUGUUUGAUCCUAUAACAUCAUCGGGCGGAAUUGCAUAUGACUUUCAACAAUCAUCAUCACUGGAUGGUUCAACAACAAUGGUGAAAAAAGAUAGGCCUCUUCAAAGAAAACCAAUUCAUGAUUUAUCACCACAAAUGUUACGAGCUAUGAAUUCAAAAGAAUUAGCUUCCGAUUGCGUCUUACCGAUUGUCACUGAACCCAAGACGAAACGAAAGUAUGAAAUGAUAAACACAAAAUGGUCUGACAGCUCGAGUUUACCAAUGGUGUCUAUACCACCUUCUGGGCCCAUGUUUUCCGAUUCUCUCAAUACACAAUACCAUGCCUUGGAAAGUAAGAGAAAGAAAAAGAAAGAAACACCAGAUAUUUAUCAACCCCAAAAGAAGAGCUUUUGGCAAUCAUUGUUUUCACUGUAA